GAGCAUUGUUCGGCACUCGGCUGCAGUUCCUUGAACGAUUGCUGGGCGCUCUUCCUUUGAUGUCUGGGCGUUCGUGUAUUCUGUGAUCUUUUGCGGCGUCUUCUUGGUUGAUGUCUCUAGAGCGGCGGCGGCGGUGGCGGCGGUGGCGGCGGUGGCGGCGGUGCCAGGUUCAGAACUGAGUUAUUCCGGAGGCCCCGGGCUCUGGCCGCUUUCUCCCGCCGGUCGGCUGAGCGGAUCCCUCGCUUCCUUCGGCCCCUUCCCGCCUUCGGUACGAGCCCGUCGCGUCUGCUGGUCUAUGGGCCGAGCUCUCACCCGUCUCGCAGAUUUCCAUGAAGACAGCUGACAAGGACCUGAAUGGCCUCAUUUUAGCUGCUUCUGUGUGUGGAGCUAUUAUUUGCUCCUUCAGUUCUGAUCCCUGGUGUGACAGUGGCUCCUGAGCACUAUGAAGGUUGUCCCAGAGAAGAAUGCUGUUCGGAUCCUCUGGGGCCGAGAACGGGGCACCCGUGCCAUGGGUGCUCAGCGGCUUCUGCAGGAGCUGGUAGAAGAUAAGACACGAUGGAUGAAAUGGGAAGGCAAGAGAGUAGAACUGCCUGAUAGUCCACGCUCGACCUUCUUACUGGCCUUCAGCCCAGACAGGACUCUCUUGGCAUCCACACAUGUGAACCAUAACAUCUAUAUUACAGAGGUUAAGACUGGCAAGUGUGUUCACUCUCUGAUUGGACACCGCCGUACUCCAUGGUGUGUCACUUUUCAUCCUACCAUCUCAGGCCUUAUUGCUUCUGGUUGCCUAGAUGGGGAAGUUAGGAUUUGGGAUUUACAUGGUGGCAGUGAAAGCUGGUUCACAGAUAGCAACAAUGCCAUAGCAUCCUUGGCCUUCCAUCCUACGGCUCAGCUUCUACUGAUUGCCACUGCCAAUGAGAUCCAUUUCUGGGACUGGAGUCGGCGGGAGCCCUUUGCUGUAGUGAAGACAGCUAGUGAGAUGGAGCGCGUGCGUCUGGUUAGAUUUGAUCCACUUGGACACUACUUACUGACAGCAAUCGUUAACCCUUCUAAUCAGCAGGGUGACGAUGAACCAGAAAUUCCUAUAGAUGGAACAGAAUUAUCUCACUACCGCCAGCGUGCCCUCCUGCAAUCACAGCCAGUUCGCCGGACACCUCUCCUUCACAAUUUCCUGCAUAUGCUGUCCUCCCGCUCCUCUGGCAUCCAGACCGAGCCCUUCCAUCCCCCGGAGCAGGCUUCGUCAACGCAGCAGGACCAGGGCCUCCUGAACCGGCCGUCUGCCUUCAGUACAGUCCAGAGCAGCACUGCGGGCAACACGCUCCGCAACCUCAGUCUGGGUCCUACCCGUCGCUCUUUGGGGGGCCCUUUGUCUAGCCACCCUUCUAGGUAUCACAGAGAACUAGCCCCUGGGCUGACAGGUUCUGAAUGGACCCGGACAGUACUCACUCUGAACUCACGCUCUGAGGUAGAAUCUAUGCCCCCGCCCAGGACCAGUGCCUCUUCAGUGAGUUUGCUGUCUGUGCUGAGACAGCAGGAAGGCGGCUCUCAGGCGUCUGUGUACACUUCAGCCACAGAAGGAAGGGGUUUUCCAUCAUCAGGGCUGGCUACUGAGUCAGAUGGAGGGAAUGGUUCUAACCAAAACAACUCCGGCAACAUUCGCCAUGAGCUUCAGUGUGAUCUGAGACGCUUCUUUUUGGAGUAUGACAGGCUGCAGGAGCUGGAUCAGAGCCUGAGUGGGGAAGCUCCCCAGACCCAACAGGCCCAGGAAAUGCUCAAUAAUAACAUUGAAUCUGAGAGGCCAGGUCCUUCCCACCAGCCCACCCCACACAGCAGUGAGAACAACUCCAACCUGUCUCGGGGCCAUCUUAAUCGCUGCCGUGCUUGCCAUAAUCUUCUGACCUUCAACAAUGAUACCCUGCGCUGGGAAAGAACCACACCUAACUACUCAUCUGGAGAGGCUAACUCUUCCUGGCACGUCUCUACCACCUUUGAGGGCAUGCCACCAAGUGGCAACCAGUUGCCACCUCUUGAGCGGACUGAGGGCCAAACACCUAGCUCCAGCAGGCUGGACUUGAGCAGCUCAGCUAGUCCACAAGAGGAGAGGACUGUGGGGGUGGCCUUUAACCAGGAGACAGGCCACUGGGAACGAAUCUAUACCCAAUCCAGCAGAUCUGGAACUGUAUCACAGGAGGCCUUACAUCAAGAUAUGCCCGAAGAAAGCUCUGAGGAAGACUCCCUCAGGAGGAGGCUGCUGGAGUCUUCCCUCAUUUCAUUAUCCCGUUAUGAUGGAGCAGGAUCCAGAGAGCACCCAAUUUACCCAGACCCAGCGAGAUUAUCUCCUGCUGCAUACUACGCCCAGAGGAUGAUCCAGUAUCUCUCACGGAGAGACAGUAUUCGCCAGCGCUCCAUGCGCUACCAACAGAAUCGUCUUCGUUCUUCCACCUCUUCUUCCUCAGACAACCAGGGUCCAUCAGUAGAGGGAACCGACUUGGAAUUUGAGGACUUUGAGGACAGUGGUGACAGAUCUCGGCACCGAGCUCCCCGCAAUGCCAGAAUGUCUGCACCUUCACUUGGACGCUUUGUCCCAAGGCGUUUUUUGCUGCCCGAGUAUUUGCCUUAUGCUGGGAUUUUUCAUGAACGUGGACAGCCUGGCUUGGCUACUCACUCUUCUGUUAACAGGGUACUAGCAGGGGCAGUGAUUGGAGAUGGACAAUCUGCUGUUGCCAGUAACAUUGCCAAUACUACCUACCGGCUCCAGUGGUGGGACUUCACCAAGUUUGACCUUCCAGAAAUCAGCAAUGUCUUCCUUCACAUUACCAGCAAAAAUGGUGAAUCAGAAAGUUGUUUCCAUGGAAUGGCUAGCAUUCUGGGAAAUGUGACUCUCUUCUGUUGGCCCCCAGGUCCCAAUGCCAUUUCUGUAAGCCUGUCUCCAAUGGGCCGAUACGUAAUGGUGGGCUUGGCUUCACGAAGGAUCCUGCUGCACCCCUCCACAGAGCACAUGGUUGCCCAGGUCUUCAGGCUGCAACAAGCCCAUGGUGGUGAGACCUCCAUGAGGAGAGUUUUCAACGUCCUUUACCCCAUGCCUGCUGACCAGCGGAGACAUGUCAGCAUCAACUCUGCCCGUUGGCUACCUGAGCCAGGACUUGGUUUGGCCUAUGGCACCAACAAAGGAGACCUGGUGAUCUGCCGACCAGAGGCCUUAAACUCUGGUGUUGAGUACUACUGGGACCAGCUAAAUGAGACGGUCUUCACUGUCCACUCCAACAGCAGGAGCAGCGAGCGGCCUGGAACCAGUAGAGCCACAUGGAGGACAGACAGAGACAUGGGCUUGAUGAAUGCAAUUGGGCUACAACCUCGGAACCCUACCACCUCUGUGACAUCUCAGGGCACCCAGACUCUGGCCCUCCAGUUGCAGAAUGCUGAAACACAGACCGAGAGGGAGGAAGAGGAACCAGGAACAGCAUCUUCAGGUCCUGGUGAAGGCGAGGGCUCAGACUAUGGUGGCAGUGGGGAAGAUGCCCUCAGCCGGAUCCAGCGGCUAAUGGCCGAGGGUGGCAUGACAGCUGUGGUACAGCGAGAACAGAGCACCACCAUGGCUUCCAUGGGUGGCUUUGGCAACAACAUCAUCGUCAGCCACCGCAUUCACCGCAGCUCCCAGACAGGCACAGAGUCAGGGGCUGCUCGUACCUCCUCACCCCAGCCCUCCACCUCUCGGGGACUGCUCUCAGAACCUGGGCAACAGGCAGAGCGAGGCCUAAGCCCCCGGACAGCCUCCUGGGACCAGCCUAGUACCUCUGGGAGAGAACCACCUCAGCCAGCCCUGCCGUCUUCCUCCCCUGACCCCAUUCCAGUCCCCCUUGCCAGUAAUGAGGGACCAACCAUGCACUGCGAUGUGACCAAUAACAGUCACCUUCCUGAGGGUGAUGGCAACAGCAGGGGGGAAGCUGCAGACCCUAGUGGGGAGCCACAGAACCGGUAGAGUCCCAAACAGGCGCUGGUGCCUCCCCUCAACCCGCUGAACAGAAGCUGGACCUCACAGCUGGCUGGGAACUGAACACACAGAAGAGCUGAUGCCUGCAUCCGGGAACAGGAGGAAUGAGAGGGUGGGUCGUGGAGCCAGCUGGGCAGGGGCAGUCCAAAGGGCAAGACUAGCCUGGGGAAUAGAGUCCUCCAGGAUCUGGAGCCGAGAAGAGCCACACUGCUGGGCCUGGUAUGAAUUAAGAAGCAAGUGGGUGUCUCUUCCACAAACCCCCCUUUCUCCUAGGGUCACUGGCCUAGGGGACUCAGCCCUGGGCAGGAGCCCCAGAAGAAUGAAGUCUUCCAGAUCUAGACUACACCAUCCUGGACGGAACAGUGGGACAGUUCUUCCUUGCUGACUCCUAGGGGCAGAACCACCAGGAGCAGAGGAGCAGCCUACCCCAUACCCACAUUGCCUCCGACUCUAAACCUUCUAGAGUUCCAGCCUCUCUGUCCUCUCAGCCCGCAAAGACAGAAAAGUUGGCCCAGCUUCCAUGUAGGGGACUUCCUAUACUCACAGCGUGGACAUCUGUAGAGUGAAGGAAGCAGCCUGCUUGCCUGACACAGGAUGGAGCCAAUGCACGGUGGUGGACGGGCCCUCAGGAGUGGGGAGUGUAGGCUGGCCCACCCCCAGCUUGUCCACCAAGCUCCCCCCUCUCCCCAAAGCCCUUCAUGCAGCACCUAUAGGUGUCAGUAUUACCUAAGCCCAGGCCAAAGCCAGCCCAAGGCUGGAGGGAGAGAUUCCAGGCCAGAAUGUGAGGUGCUGGUCUGUGAUUCGAGGUGUCGCAUGCGGAAUCCUGAACUGUGCGUGUAGUUGUAGUGGAGAAAUCAAGGCUCUGAUCAUUUUGUUUUUAGUAUGAAAAUGUGAUUUCCUUUCUGUUUGUCACUCAUCAUAGAAACAUUGUGGAGGGAGGAGAGGGGAUAGUCUACUGCUAAUGAGGGAGACACCAAAGAUCUGCAUCAUUAAAGUGAUGACAUGCCCC